UUUUCUGUAUACAUGUAUAUGCACCGCUGAUCCGCUCAUUUAAUUCUUGAGUACAUUUUAUGGCAAGAGGUUGACCUUGAUUUGUGGGGGAAAAAAGUUUUGAUUUGUUUAUCAAUCCAUGUCAGAGUAAAGGAAUGCUUAAUGUACGUGUAGCAACCCAACAAGUUCACUCAACCGAGACCAAGAAAGAUAAUGAUGUCUAUACUACGAUCUAAACAGGCAAUGGAGAGGUCAAAAGUAACGACACGCAGAUUAUGUGCGAAUCUGCCUGCUGCACUUUGUAUGUGACUAGGGAAUGAAAAUUCAAAGCUGAUGUUUAUCUGGGAUUACGAAGAAAAUUUACAGAAAUUGCGUUAUGGUCGUGUAGCCUAAAAAUAGUGUACGUAACUCCUUGCAAACUGUAAAGCCUUAUCCUUUUCCGGUUUGGGUUGAAUCUUAUCAACAUGGCUCAGGCGGUUAUAACGUGUGAAUUAUGUGAGGACGAACCUGUUUUAAUGCAUUGUAAUUCCUGCCAUAUCAAACUUUGCAGUGAAUGUGUCGGCAAGCACGUAUCCUCUCUAAUCUCAAAGAAACAUGACGUAGUGGGCUUCAAAUACAGGCAAAGUGACGUCACACUCCCAGAAUGCAAUCGUCACCAGCAUCAAAAAUGUGAUAUUUACUGCAAGAACUGUAAUACUCCUAUUUGUAGCAGAUGUGUCGUAUCUCCAGAACACAAACAACAUGAAAUUUUCGAUAUUAUGGACGAAUAUUUGACAAGAAGAGAGCUUCUUUCACAAGAAACGACUGUGCUGGAAAGGUUUGUUAUUCCAGAGUUCAAUAAGAUGGAAAAUUUGUUAAAUUCCAAAAUGGCAAAAUUGUCACAAGAUUACGAAAGUGCCACUUCCUCAUUGAUAAGCGAAGUUGAAAAGAUUCACCUUGAAAUAAAUAGGAAAUUUGAAGAAAAGAAAACGAUACUUAGGAAUUCAAAAGACAGUGAUCUUGGAGAGCUGCGAUCACAGAUGGAAAGAUUUUCAAAAAGGCACCAAGAGGCUCAACAAACCGCUUCCGAUUACAGGACAGUUUUGUCUGGUAAAAACGUUGCAGAUGUUUUUUCUUGUACAGUUACUGAAAACCAAUUUCGAGAAAUCCCUUCCAUGGUUGAAAUAUUCCCUCCUAAAUAUUCACCGAGUCAAGAUCCAAACAGUAUCGAGGCUCUCCUUGGUAAAUUUGAUUUCGGAAAUCGAAUGUCGACUCUUCAUGGUUAUACGAUCUCCACCAUACAAAACAAUGACGGCAUGGUCGGGAAAAGGUUUUUAAGCCAACUGGAAUUGUUGAGUUCAUUUGACUCUGGAUACGAGGAAAUUCAGACAAUCGCCUGUGCUGGUAAUGAUGAAAUUUGGGUGGUAGGAAAGGUUCAUGGAACAAUGACGAAAUUCAACAUUAAAGGUACGAAAUUGGAAACUUUACAAGUAAUUGAAGGGUACUCACCUAACGAUGUCAGUGUGGAUGGUCAAGGCAACAUACUCUUUUGUGACAUGGGAGAAAAUAGUGUGGUAAUGUGGAACAAGGGAAAGAGAGAUGUGGUGACUGUUUGGAAAAACUGGAAACCCACCUCACUAUUUGUCAACAAGCUUGGGCACAUUCUAGUUAGUAUGGUUACGGCAGAUAAAAAGAAUGCACGGGUUGUCCGUCUUGUGAGAACGAGGCCGAAACAGAAGAUACAGUUUGAUGACAGAGGAGAGCAGUUGUUUUUCAGACCCCAGGCCAUAGUAGAGAACAGAAACGAAGAUAUCUGUGUAGUCAAUAGUGGUUCCAAAGGUUUGGUGGUUGUGAAUAAGUCUGGGAUUCUUAGGUUUAUCUAUAACGGGAAUCAGAUCUCCCAAACGUUUUUCUUUAGGCCAACAUCCGUAGUCACUGACAGUUUUGGACAGAUUCUAGUUACAGACGCCAUGAACAAUUGUGUUCAUAUUUUGGACGAAGAUGGGGCGCUUCUCCUUUGUGUUGGACGGUCCAUGAUGAAUAUACCAUCUGAUCUUGACAUUGAUGAAAACGAAAAUCUUUGGAUUGGGGAAUAUCAUUCUGGAAACGUGAAAGUUUUCAGAUACUUGGCAGCCUGUCGGAAUGCUGAAAGUAUUCCUCCGACAUAAUGCAUGUAAUAAUAAGCAGAGAAGGAAGGUUUAUCACAAAAAUACAUUCGGUCUGAUUCUAAGAACAAAAUGGUCCUAGGCUGGAAUAUGUCAAGUUGGAAAAGAAAUUACAUGUAUUUCAUUUCUUA